AUGUUUUUACAGUGCGAUAGGGCGGACGGUCUUUCUCUCUUUGACCUCACCUUUGGCGCCUCCCCUGCUCCUGCUGCUGAUGCUGACCCCACUACGCCGCUCUGGCAAGGGCAAGGGGGCAAGGGCGUGGGUGGAGCUAGCGGGGUGGUGGAGGUGGCAGUGGAGGCGGCGGAGGGAGUGGGGGUGGCGGUGGGAGUGGUGGCGGAGGUGGUGGUGGUGGUGGUGGCAGUGGAGGCGGAGGCGGAGGCGGCGGUAGCGGUGGGAGCGGAGGUGGCGGAGGAGGUGGAGCUGGUCGGGGUGGUGCCUCGCAGCGGAGCGGCUCUGGUGGUGGUCAGCGCCAGCAGCAGCAGCAGCAGCAGCGUUCUCGGGACAUCCCCCCCCCUGAGCAGCUCCGUGAGUGACGCCGCCCUGGCAAGGGCAAGGGGGGCAAGGGCGCGGAUGGAGCUGGCGGGGGCGGUGGAGGUGGCAGUGGCGGUGGCGGAGGGAGUGGGGGUGGCGGUGGGAGUGGUGGUGGGGGUGGUGGUGGUGGUGGCGGCAGCGGAGGUGGCGGCGGUGGCGGCGGCGGCGGUGGUAGCGGAGGCGGCGGUGGUGGCGGAUGGUCGAGGCGGCGGUGGCGGAGGAGGUGGAGCCGGUCGGGAGCUUCCUGUGUGUCCCAGGUAG